AUGUCGCUGCUCAGUAAACAUUCUACUAGGAGGUUAAAGGGAUCUAAAUCGAAGUCUAUCGACGUGGAGGAAUAUACAGCACAGGACUUGCCAUCAUUACGUCGAAAGCGUACUAUGUCUUACAACCGGCUAGUUAAAGCUUUAGAGAUCGGCACUGUAGCGUUGAGUGACUCAUCCAAGCGCGACUUGUUUUUAUCAUAUUAUCGAGACAUAAAGACCAUUGCACACAAUUUCGAACAUGCACAUUUAAUUAUUUUAGAUAUUUUAGACGACCCGGAAGAUGUUGACAACAAGAUGCAUGAACGUUUUGAUGAUAUGUACUAUCAGGUCGGACAACUGGCAGACGGAUUACCUGAUGGUAAGCAAUCAGCACCGCCCAUGGACACCCGCAACGGAGGAGUAACGAGUGCGUUGCCGACCUUUAAGGGAUUAGGGAUUUGGAGAUUUAGGAACUGGGGAGGGAUUGGGAAGGGGAAGGAUUGGGCCUCCGCGGACGAAAACGGAUCCAUUUCGGAGACAAUACCGGACCGGCCCGUCGAUCUCAAAAACUUUCCAAAGCUCUGCGACCAGAGAAGAAAAUAUCCUGUUUUAUACAAACUAGAGUUUCAAACGGCGGUUAAAGUGGAGACGCACUCUUGUCGACACGCUACUAAGAAGACAAAUUCACACAAAAAUCAAAAUCAGAAAGUCAUACCUUAUGACUACAACCGCGUGGUGCUAGAGACGGUGGACCGGGAGCCAGACUCCGACUACAUUAAUGCUUCCUACAUAGAUAGUAUAUUAAAACCAAAUGCGUACAUCGUAACUCAGGGUCCAACUGAAGACACGGUGGUGGAUUUCUGGCGGAUGAUAUGGCAGGAGCGGGCGGCUGCCAUCGUCAUGCUCACCAAAACUUUUGAUUUUAUCAAGGUGAUGUGCGUGCAAUACUGGCCGCCAAACAAGGAGAAGGACGAGACAUACGGAGACAUCAGCGUGGGCAUCGUACAGGAGGAGGAGCUCGCCAACUUCCACAUACGCACCUUCAGACUGUACAAGAGCGAAAAGAAUGUGGUGGUGGAAGAGCGCUUCAUCCUUCAGUUCCACUACACACAAUGGCACUCCCACACCUGUCCGUUCAGCAACGCACUGCUGGAGUUCAGGCGUCGAGUGCGCGCCGUCGUCGGCCGGAGACUCGCCACCAACCCCGCCGCAGGACCUAUGGUGGUGCACUGCAAUGAUGGAGGUGGUCGGUCGGGCGUCUACUUGGCCAUCGACGCAAACCUCGAGUUAGCUGAAGAAGAAGACUGCUUCGAUGUAUUCGGUUUCUUGAAGAAACUCCGACAAUCACGGAAAGGACUUAUAGAAAAUGAGGAACAAUACAAAUUCGUGUACGACACGUUAGAAGAACACGUUGUCUGUGGAGUAUCCUGGUUCCCAGUCUCAGAACUGUCUCAGAGACUGAAGCAGAAGUCUCAAAGAGAUCCCGUGUCGAAGCUCAAUGAAUACCAGAAAGAGUACCAGCAGAUCUGCAAACAAACUCCUCGAUUCACGAUAGGAGACUGUGCUGGAGGACACCGUGGUGAUAAUCGGGAGAAGAAUCGAGAUGUCCUAGUCGUGCCACCUGACAACUUUCGCCCUUACUUGACGUCCUUCCAAGGGAACAGCUUCACUGACUACAUCAAUGCUGUCUUCGUAGAUGGUUACACAAAACCUCGUGAGUACAUAGUGACGGAAUGGCCUCUAGUCAGAACCCAGGGAGAGUUCUGGUCACUGGUGUACGACUACGAAUGUGCAGCAGUCGUCGUCCUCUGCGUACCUCCCAAGAACUCUCAACAAUUUCCACCAUUCUGGCCUGAGGGUCGUCAUUCGAAGAAGUACGGGCCAGUGUUCACGAUAGACCACGUCUCCCACAACCACUACACAAACAUCAAGACCUGGAUAUUCAGAAUUAAUAAGAAGAUUAUUUCGCUGACUGAGCUGAUGGCUGGUGUGAAAGCACCCACGAAGACUGUGCAGCUAUUCCAAUUGACGUGCUGGCCAAUGGGUCAUAAAGUGCCAUCAUCCACAAACUCGCUGGUCGAGCUCAUGAACAUGGUGGAAAGGUGGCGACAGCGAACUGACUACGGACCUGUCUGCGUCGUGUCGCCUGACGGUCGAAGUCGUGCCGGCGUAUACUGCGCUGCCAACGCGUGCAUCGAGCAAGUGAUCCAACACGGCGAGGUGGACGUGUUCCAGGCAGUCAAGACUGUACGCCGGCACCGACCACAACUCGUAGAGAACAUGGACGAACUCUGGUUCAUCGAGUUCGGCCGCGGCGCUGCGCUGCCCACGACGCCCGAGGAGACGUCGCCGGCAGCGCCACGCGACGCCAAGCGCGGGCGGCCCCGGCGCGGCCUGUCGCUGGACCGCCUGCUGCCCGCGCCGCGCCCGCCGCUGGCGCACGCCGCCACGGAGGAGCCGCGCCGUCCGCGCCGCGAGCGUCCGCCGCUGCGCCGCUCCUUCCGCCUCGACGAGCACGACGCUGCGGCCGCCGAGCGGCGCCGAGCCUUCGUCCGCGGACCGCGCGCGCCCUCGUUCGACGAGGGUGAAGACUGCGAGUGUGCGCGGUCCUCGCUGGAGCGCGACCAAGCCUCGGACGCGCCCGACGAGGACGACUACGAACCGGAGUUCGCCGCCUCACCGCCGCGCGCGGUGCCCCCGCCCCGCGCCGGCUCUUCUGAUCGAGUGCUGCACGACGCGUCGCCUCGGGCACCUGCGCGUGCGCACUCCCAGGGCGUCUUCGAGCGACGCCUUCCUAAAAUAUAUAAGUUCGGCCUCAUGGACAAAUCUAAAAGGGCGAGCUCGAGCGCCCUCUACGAGCGAGCAGAGCGUUCGCCCACCGAAGCGUUCUAUAACGCGACAGGCUCGACGCGGCUUAGCUCACAAGAACUCUUUGAAAAGUUCUGUUCUGAAGAAUUUACCUCUUUGUACGGACGAGACGACGACCGACGACGUCGGCCCCCACACUCCAAGUCUACAGGUAGCAGCGGGUCGGACGUCCGGCACGAGCGCACGUGCUGCCGCCGGCCGCCGUGCGGGUCGCAGCCGGCGCUGGGCCGGCGCCACGUCUGCGUGCCCGCGCGCUCCGACCGCUCCACGGACUCGGAAGAUACUUCGCCCCGUCGCACAGCACCCCGCCAGCUGCCACUCGACCCAGACGCUGACCCCAGCCAGCUGGACGAUUGCUCCCGUUCUGCGCCUCUAUUGAGCCCAGACAGGUUCGAAGCUCGUUUCACAUUUGAUAUAUCUGAACGCAGCGAAGUCACAUCAAAUCGCGACGAAACUCCUUCGGAUGCGACCGAAACGCGUAACUUAACUCUUUACGAAGAACCGCAUUCGGAUCGCACCAGUCUUUGCGAAUUGUAUGACGCAGCAUUCUCCUCGCAUCGCCCAUCAUUUCGUAGAGAUGGGUCACGACGUCGCGCUGGUCCUGUCGACCUGAGUGCGCUCGAUUUCCGAGCCAUCGAUGAUGAAAGUCCGCGCCACAGUCGUCGCACAUCACAGCGAAGUAUGGACGAUACGCUGCGUCAGAAUUCGGAAACGCGCAGUUGGGCUUCAGACUCAGUGUUCGCCACUCCUGAGCGGCACGCUGCGGGCGACGUAUCACCAUUGUCUAGUGGAACUCGACAAUCACUCACCGUACCCGGAGACUCCCCACCGCGCGCUGAUUCUGCUGCGGCAGAUUCUACCGUGGCCGAAACCACUAUCGCUGAAACCACCGUCGUCGAAGAAGAACCAACUAGUGUGAUUGAACGUGCCGAGUACGCGCUAGCUCUGCGGCUGGGUCGCAUAGAAUUAGACGACGAAGCAUCAGAACGCGCAUCGUCCACACCGUGUGGUAGCGCUCGGCUGUCCAGUCGGCCUUCCAUGCACAAGCUAGAACCGUUGGAGCCCCUGGAGCCGGAGCGGCUGUGUGGCGGUGGCGAGGAGCCCCGCGGGCGCCGGCGGCGCGGCGCCAGCGAGCCGCGGCGCUCGGCGCGCUGCUUCCCGCUCUGA